AGGUAAGGGUUCUGAUCUUACAUGGAGGAUGACUGAAAAAUCCAAUGGUGUGAAGAGCUCCCCAGCCAAUAACCACAACCAUCAUGCAGCCCCUGCCAUUAAGGCCAAUGGCAAAGAUGAGCACAGGACCAGCAGCAGGCCACAGUCUGCAGCUGAUGAUGACACCUCCUCAGAACUGCAGAGACUGGCGGACAUGGAUGGCCCACAGCGAGGGAGGGGUGGCUUCCGCAGGAUUGCCCGCCUGGUGGGGGUCAUCAGAGAGUGGGCCAACAAGAAUUUUCGAGAAGAAGAACCUAGGCCUGACUCAUUCCUUGAGCGUUUCCGUGGGCCUGAGCUCCAGACCGUGACGACACAGCAGGGAGAUGCCAAAGGCGACAAGGAUGGAGAGGGCAAGGGCACCAAGAAGAAAUUUGAACUAUUUGUUUUGGACCCAGCCGGGGACUGGUAUUACCGCUGGCUGUUUGUCAUUGCCAUGCCUGUCCUCUACAACUGGUGCCUGCUGGUGGCCAGAGCCUGUUUCAGUGAUCUACAGAAAGGCUACUACCUGGUGUGGCUAGUGCUGGACUACUUCUCAGAUGUGGUCUAUAUCACAGACCUCUUCAUCCGACUGCGCACAGGUUUCCUGGAGCAGGGAUUGCUGGUCAAAGACCCCAAAAAACUACGGGACAACUAUAUCCAUACCUUGCAGUUCAAACUGGAUGUGGCUUCCAUCAUCCCCACAGACUUGAUCUAUUUUGCUGUGGGCAUCCACAGCCCUGAGCUGCGUUUCAACCGCCUGCUACACUUUGCCCGCAUGUUCGAGUUCUUUGACCGCACUGAGACACGCACCAGCUACCCCAACAUCUUCCGCAUCAGCAACCUAGUUCUCUAUAUCUUGGUCAUUAUCCACUGGAAUGCCUGCAUCUAUUAUGCCAUCUCCAAGUCCAUAGGCUUUGGGGUUGACACUUGGGUUUACCCCAACAUCACUGACCCUGAAUAUGGCUAUCUGGCUAGGGAAUAUGUCUACUGCCUUUACUGGUCCACAUUGACCCUCACCACCAUUGGGGAGACACCACCCCCUGUAAAGGAUGAAGAGUACCUAUUUGUCAUCUUUGACUUCCUGAUUGGUGUCCUCAUCUUUGCCACCAUUGUAGGAAAUGUGGGUUCCAUGAUCUCUAACAUGAAUGCCACCAGGGCAGAGUUUCAAGCCAAGAUUGAUGCUGUCAAACACUACAUGCAGUUCCGCAAGGUCAGCAAAGAGAUGGAAGCCAAGGUCAUUAAGUGGUUUGACUACUUGUGGACUAAUAAGAAGACUGUGGAUGAGCGGGAAGUUCUCAAGAAUCUGCCAGCCAAGCUUAGGGCUGAGAUAGCCAUCAAUGUCCACCUGUCCACACUGAAGAAAGUGCGCAUCUUCCACGACUGUGAGGCUGGCCUGCUGGUGGAGCUUGUAUUAAAGCUUCGUCCUCAGGUGUUUAGCCCUGGGGAUUAUAUUUGCCGCAAAGGGGACAUUGGCAAGGAGAUGUACAUAAUUAAGGAGGGCAAGUUGGCAGUGGUGGCUGAUGAUGGUGUGACUCAAUAUGCCCUGCUCUCAGCUGGCAGCUGCUUUGGAGAGAUCAGUAUCCUUAACAUUAAGGGCAGCAAAAUGGGCAAUCGACGCACGGCCAAUAUCCGUAGCCUGGGCUACUCAGACCUCUUCUGCUUGUCCAAGGAUGAUCUUAUGGAAGCUGUGACUGAGUACCCAGAUGCCAAGAAGGUCUUGGAAGAGAGGGGUCGGGAGAUCCUAAUGAAGGAGGGGCUGCUGGAUGAGAAUGAGGUGGCAACCAGCAUGGAAGUGGAUGUGCAGGAAAAGCUGGAGCAGCUGGAGACCAACAUGGAAACCUUGUACACUCGCUUUGGCCGCCUGCUGGCUGAGUACACGGGAGCCCAGCAGAAGCUCAAGCAGCGUAUCACAGUCCUGGAGACCAAGAUGAAGCAGAACAAUGAGGAUGACUACCUGUCAGAUGGGAUGAACAGCCCUGAGCCAGAAGCUGAGGAGAAGCCAUGAGAGCUGGGGCCCAACUGCCUCCCCAGUCUUGGCCUUUACUCUCAGAACUAGAAGAGUCAUGUAGAUUUCCAUUUUUCUGUGCAUUACACUCAUGGCCCCUGAAUUCUCCUGAACACUCUUAGAUCACAAGUUUUUGGCCUAAACAUCCAGGAGUUCCUCUCCAAGUCUAGCUAAAAGCCAAGCACAUGGGUAGUGCAGACUGUGUUGGCUGGCUUCAGCCUGUCCAAGUCUGAGGAAGGAAGAGGGGAUCUGCUG